AUGCCUCAGUUGGAGAUCCCGGCGGAGGAGGGAGUCAUCGAGGAGCUCAUCUAUGACCUUGGAUCCAUACCUGGACCUCCCUUGCACCCGCGCUUGGCGAGCUGGAAAGUGCUGAACCCAGGGAUGCAGAUCCUGGGCGGCGUGCGGAUGAACGUGACGCUGAUCCUCCAAGCGAUCAACGCUUUACAGGCCAACGAUGAGCUGGUGAUCACAUCUCCAUCUAGCUUUCGGAUGGAGAACGGCACAGCCGGCUGGACUGUAAAGGAUCCAGUACGGCAGUGGGCCCGCCUGAAAACCAUGGGAUUGGCCAAUGGAUGUGGUUCCAGCUUCACUUUCAUUGCCUUCCUCUCGGUGGGCACCUCUUGUUUGUACAAUCUUGUUGCGAAUGAGCCCAAAAUUGCGCAGGGAGGCGCGAUGAUCGGAUUGAUCAAUCAAGUUGGGGCCAUUGCUGGGCUGAUCCUUUGCAGCAUGUUUGGCGUCUAUCCCAUCUUCUGUGGCAAACUCUCUAAACGCAUGGAGGUCUGGGGCAGCAGUAUUCUGAUCGUUCUCAGCUUGCUUAGCCUGGUACUUUUAGCGAUCAUUUGGGACGCACCAGCAGUUGUAAACCUUUGCAGCGUCUUUGGCAGCAUCGUUGGCAACGGAUCCAUCCUGCUCCUCUUUCCGCUCCACGACCGGGAGUGGGUCCGUCCAGCGGGUCGGUGGAGACCGAGGCAUGACAUGGAGACAUGGACAUGA